GUGUAAGACUCCCGCCCUGUCUGCUUGCGUGCCCAUCUGAUCCACAUGUGCGAGCACGAGUAUAUAUAUUCAUACGCGUAUUUGGAGAUCGCAGUGGACAUUGCCAUUGGGGGCUCACUGAGAGGGGCACUGAACUGAUAAAGAGGAGGAGACGGGUGCUGGUGCCACCAGGUGGGCCGUUGCAGGACAGAAGAGAAGAGAAGCGGGUAGUAAGUGAAAGAAGGACCUUGUAGGUAGCUUCGUUAGGUAAAGCAAAAAUGGAGAGGGAGAAGGAAACGAAGCUAUCGAAAUUUAGGAGGAUCUGUGUGUUCUGUGGUAGCAGCCAGGGGAAGAAGAAGAGCUACCAGGAUGCAGCUAUUGAGCUUGGAAAAGAACUGGUGUUGAGGAACAUAGAUCUCGUUUAUGGAGGAGGAAGUGUUGGGCUGAUGGGUCUGGUGUCGCAGGCAGUGUACGAUGGUGGCCGCCAUGUCGUUGGAGUCAUUCCCAAGACGCUCAUGCCCCGAGAGAUAACAGGGGAGACUGUGGGAGAGGUGAAGGCAGUCGCAGACAUGCAUCAAAGGAAGGCAGAGAUGGCACGAAGAUCGGAUGCCUUUAUCGCCCUACCAGGGGGAUACGGGACACUGGAGGAGCUGCUGGAAGUCAUAACGUGGGCGCAACUAGGGAUUCAUGACAAGCCGGUUGGGCUACUGAACGUUGACGGAUAUUACAACUCCCUUCUCUCUUUCAUCGACAAGGCUGUGGAGGAAGGAUUCAUUAGCCCCAGUGCCCGGCAUAUUAUUGUCUCCGCGCCAAACGCCAAGGAGUUGGUGAGGAAACUGGAAGAGUACGUGCCUCGCCACGAGAGAGUGGCGUCGAAGCUCAGCUGGGAGAUGGAGCAGCUCGGCUACUCCUCCAAAUGCGAGAUGUCAAGGUAGCCCCACGGAGAAGAUGAUCAUGGUGAAAGAAAGAACGGAAAACGCAUUGGGGAGCGGGAAAAAACAAAAGGAGGAUGGUCGAGAAGCUUCCAUUUGGGGAGCUGCAUUUUUUUUCUCUCUUUUUUAUCUUUUGUAAAAAUGCAAAGCAACGGAAUGGCUGGGCAUGAAUAUAUCUUAUAUAACAUACACAAGAAAUCCCUCCUCGUGAUU